AUGUUGGAAAAUACUACAAGUGAUAUUGGAAAUCCUGUGGCAUCUGAAGGGCAAAUAUUGUACGGAGAUGAAUUACUUAUAGGAUGUUUCAAAAUGAUACUUAAAUACUUCGAGGUUUUUAAAGGUAUGCAUCGAGACAAGGGAGAGAGCAUCCAGGUCAACUUCUUCCACAACCAUCCGCUACUCAUUCUAGAAGACAACGGGGACAUUGCCUGCGAUUCUUACCGUAAGUACAAGGAAGAUGUGCAGAUGCUGAAGGCGCUCAGCGUGAAAUGGUGGAUCACCUUCAACGAGCCCAAUCAGUUCGCGAAUGGUUACGUCGUGCCGUGGACCGCACCAGGUCUGCGAGCUCCGGGCAUUGGCGACUACCUGGCCGCACACACCGUCAUCAAAGCUCACGCCCGAAUGGGAAUGUUCGGUCAUCCUAUCUACAGUCAGGAUGGGGACUACCCUGCUGUGGUGCGACAGCUAGUGGAUGCCAACAGUGAGGCUGAGGGACGACCCCGAUCAAGGUUACCAACCUUAACACAGGAAGAGAUCGAGUACAUUGGGGGUACGGCAGACUUCUUUGGGAUGAAUCACUACAACACUACUUUCGUGACGCCAGGCCUCAGAGGCCACAACCCUUCCAAAAAGCGGAACACCGCCGUAAUUACGUCGGCUCCUGAGCAUCAUGCUUGGGGACUUCGGAAUCAACUUAACUGGGUUGCCACUCAAUAUCCAGGAUAUCCGAUAAUCAUAACAGAGAACGGUCACUUGAAUCUCGGAGGACGCAACGACACUGACCGCAUCGAGUACUAUACUGAAUACCUCGGAGCAGUCUUAGAGGCGAUAUACACCAAUAGUGUUCCGGUUAUCGGAUAUACGGCGUGGAGUCUCAUGGACACCCUGGAAUGGAACAAUGGAUUCACGUGA